ACCAUCCGCAGAAGACCAUGCGGAAUAUGCAUGUGUUUCUGGCGGCUAACACAAACCUGAAACCUAUGCGAACCUUCAAAUGAAAGCAUAAGAUUGCUCAGUCAUCCAUAUGUCUUGUCUGGUAAUAUUGUGGACAUUUACGCCCGCUAUUAUGUCAUCUAUAUUGUAUGUGGUGUUUACUUAUGUUAGCAUGUCAUUCGAACCGAUUUUAAUGUGCUUUAAGGAUUGUAGCGAUCAGUAAAAGUCACCGUUAGUCGUUCGUUUUGGUGUUGGUUAAGAGAGAAACGUAAUACGGUAUUACUUUCGCUUGUCCACCUACACCGUAUGCCGUCACGUUGCUUGCACGUUAGCUUGCUCUAAUCAGCGGUUGAAACAAGUACAUUUGCUAGCUUAGCUGAAAUCUAAAUAUUGAGGACGUAAAUCGCAUUUACAACAAAUUAUCAGCUAUGUCGCUAAAAUUCAACGCAUGCCGUCACCCUUAACCAUGGACGCACGGCUGAUGCAAUAUAACGCCAUUGGGUGAACCUGCGUCGUCAAAACAGAACGUAGUAGAAAGUGCUUGUUUUGUUAUUAUUAUUAUUUUUAAUAAUUUUGUUUUCAUUAUUUAUUUUUCGUACUUGCAUUUAACAAAUUAUCGUUGUUUGUGUCAGUGUAUAUCAAUUGUGUUUAUGGACAAUUACAGUAAAGUAAACCCAUCAAGUUGGUCAGAUUAAAAUGAUUCGAUUGAAAUUAGUUGCCUGGUUGUAAAUAUGUACAGGUGUGGACUUCAAUCAGCUGACUUCCAUGAUUGACUGGGUCCAUUUCAUGUUUUUGUCCUCCGCCUCUGUGAUGAUGAUGAUGCCCCGCUGUUCGCCUAGUUUUAGGGUUGCUUACCACUUUUCUCCUAUUCUUCCCGCCUGGCUGUGGAAAACUGGUUUGCGCCUCACUGCCGUCAUCAUCCGGGGACCCCUCCAUCCACAUUUUAAUUUGCUCUACAAUUUUUCAAUGGACCAUGCCCUCCUGAACACAUUUUUUGGGACUCUGUCGUACAUAUGUCUCUGAACAUGUACGGCAUGUUUUGUGUUCGUGCCUAUUCUGCUCUGGUGGGCCUCCGUUCUGUAUCCUGUGUUAAAACUCUGCGUUCCUUUUCUGCCCGAACAUUUGAUCAGAUAGAUGAGGAAGUGGCCAAACUGCUCGAGCUGAAGGCUCAGUUGGGAGAUGGAAAGCAUCACUUUGUUCUCAAAACAGCCAAGGGAACGAGAGACUACAACCCGAAGCAGAUGGCCAUUCGUGAGAAGGUGUUCAACACCAUUACUAGUUGCUUUAAACGCCAUGGAGCUGAAACAAUCGACACACCUGUUUUUGAGCUGAAGGAAACUUUAACAGGAAAAUAUGGUGAGGACUCCAAGCUGAUCUAUGACCUGAAAGAUCAAGGGGGAGAGUUGCUGUCACUCAGAUAUGACCUGACUGUACCAUUUGCUCGCUACCUAGCAAUGAACAAAAUAACCAACAUCAAGCGCUACCACAUUGCUAAGGUGUACCGACGUGACAACCCAGCCAUGACCCGUGGACGCUACCGGGAGUUUUAUCAGUGUGAUUUUGAUAUUGCUGGUCAGUAUGAUGCUAUGAUUGCUGAUGCCGAAUGUCUAAGAAUUGUCUACGAAAUCCUCAGCGAGUUGGACCUUGGCGACUUUCGCAUCAAGGUGAAUGACAGACGCAUCCUAGAUGGGAUGUUUGCAGUGUGUGGUGUUCCAGACGACAAGUUCCGCACCAUCUGUUCAACAGUGGACAAACUGGAUAAGAUGCCCUGGGAAGAAGUAAAGAGGGAGAUGGUGAACGAGAAAGGCUUGGCGCAGGAGGCGGCAGACCAAAUUGGAGAAUAUGUCAGUAUGCAGGGUGGAAUGGAGCUAGCAGAACGGCUAAUACAGGACCCCAAAAUGCUGAAGAGUAAGCUGGCCUGUGAUGGUCUGUCCGACAUCAAGCUGCUCUUCAGUUACCUGCAAGUCUUCCAGGUGACAGAUAAGGUGGUGUUCGACCUAAGUCUGGCUCGAGGCCUGGACUACUACACAGGAAUCAUUUAUGAGGCUGUCCUAGGUCAGGGAGGUGUGCCAGUGGUUACCACUGAUGCUCAAAAUGGCGCUGGUGAUGAGUGUGUCAGCGUUGGCAGUGUGGCUGGUGGGGGGCGUUAUGAUGGCUUAGUGGGUAUGUUUGACCCCAAGGGCAGGAAAGUACCAUGUGUGGGUGUCAGCAUCGGCAUCGAGAGGAUUUUCUCUAUCAUGGAGCAGAAGGCUGAGACAUCUGCCCAGAAGAUUCGCACCACAGAGGUGCAGGUCAUGGUGGCAUCUGCGCAGAAAAACCUGCUGGAGGAGAGGCUCAAGCUCGUCACUGAGCUUUGGAAGGCUGGCAUCAAGGCUGAAGUCAUGUAUAAGAAGAACCCUAAACUACUAAGUCAGCUGCAGCACUGUGAGGAGGCUGGCAUCCCCCUGGUCGCCAUACUGGGAGAGCAGGAGCUGAGAGACGGAGUGGUUAAACUACGUGUGGUGGCCACCAGAGAGGAGAUGGAUAUCUCCAGAGGCGAUCUUAUUGCUGAGAUCCAGAGAAGAACCUUGGACGCCUAAGUAUCUCUGCUCUACUGUUCAACCACCAUCCAAAAAUGUUAAUCUGAGACCAAUGUCCGGUCACUUCAUUCGACAUCAAGCCGACUCAUCUGUGCAUGCUAGAACAUUAAGGUGCAGGAGCUUGUGCCACCUAGACCAGCCUAAUUUAUUAUGUCUGGGCAUGUCUUCAGUCUAAUGUGUGACAGUAAGUCUUGUAUUUUUGAGGAUUUUGGUCUCAGCCAUGACCAUCAAUAACUUGAUCAUAACAAAGCUUUUCUUGUUCAAGCUCAUCUUCACUUGUAUAAAUGAUGUUUGACUUCCUGCUUAAUAAACAUGACUCCCCGCUG